GCAUCUUCAUAAAAAGAUCAUGGAUUCUUACAGCAUUGUGGAUGUUCCAAGUUCUGUUGACUACAACACAAAAUGUUGUUGUAAGACGACAGACGACGUUUACUACCAGGUACCAAAGGAAUACUUUUGCCUGAAUCACAAUUUGAUGAGACGAAAACUGCAGUUAAAUGAGCCUUUUCAGGUUCCUCUUAACCGUCGUACGUUUGAACCACUUUUAAAGUUGCUUGAAAAGGCAACACUUCUCUCUUCUGCUGCAGUUGAGGACGAAGCUAGGGGUACGAAAAGUGAAAGGCCCGAUUGGAUGCGUGAUCUCAACAAACGGGAGCAAAAAUUCGUGAGCUCCUGUCUUGGUAUUACUAAUUGGGAUGGUAAAGAUGUUGCUUUUUAUGAGGAAUCCCUCCCCAAAAUAGAUCAAGUUGUUUGGGUUAAGGUUACACAAGUUAAUGACACUUCUGCUGUUGUUCAGCUCCUUGAAUACAGCAAGCGUGAGGGAAUUAUUCCUUACACUGAGAUCACUCGGAGGCGUGUUCGUUCCAUGGGCAAACUUAUUAAAGUUGGUCGUUGUGAAGCAGCACAGGUUAUUCGUAUUGAUGAAGAAAAAGGAUAUAUUGAUCUUUCCAAAAAACAGGUGAUGGGUAGUGAAGCAAAAGCAUGUGAAGCACAUUUCCGUAAAGGUAAUGAGGUACGCUCCAUCGUCUGCCAUGUUGCAGAGGAAUGUGGCAUUCCUGCUUAUGAGGCAAUGGAAAAAAUUGCCUAUCCAUUGUACCGCCGAGAGCCAAAGAUGCAUGCAUGGAAUUGGCUUUGCGAACUUAACCAGUCGCAAAAUGUGGAUGAAAUAUUGGGUCCUCUAAAUCUUUCGAAGCAGCUUCAGGACAGUCUUAUGUCAUGUCUGAGGAAUGCUAUGCGUCUAAAGGUGCUAACGCUUCAUGCAGAAGUUGAUAUCACAUGCUUCACAUGUGAUGGUGUUGAGGCCAUUCGCGAUGUCUUGCUUAUCGGGAAGAGCUAUGGUGAGGGAAAGGAGCCUCAUGUUGCUAUCACCGUAACUAUUAUCGGUCCGCCUAAAUACGGCCUGCGAGCCCGCACAGAUAUGAAGGAGGAGGGCCUACAAUUGAUGAAGGAGUCCAUAGAGGCUAUGAAGAUUGAGAUAGCAAAGCGUGGAGGGCAGUUGAAGGUUGUGACAGCCCCGCAGGCGAUUGGAGAAGAAGAUGGGCCAGACAAAAAUGAUGAACAAGAGGGUGAAGAAGAAACCGAAUGA